AUGACCAUUCCAAACCCUAUUUUCCCAUCCGCGUCGCGGGCCGAUGUGAGAAGUCGGUACCAGCUGGGGCGGGAGCUGGGCAAAGGCGGCGGCGGCGUGCGCAAGGAGGCGCGGGAGGAGCUGCAAGGGGAGGUGGCGGCGAUGCGGCGCGUGGGGGGGCACUCGCACGUGGUGGCGCUGCGCGCGCUGUUCGAGGACGCGGAGAGCGUGCACCUGGUCAUGGACCUCUGCGCGCACGGCGACCUCUACGACUACCUCAUCGCGCGCACCACGCUGCCCGAGCCGCUCGCCGCUGACGUCACCAGCCUGCCAUUCCUGCCAGAUCCCUGCUCGCCCGCCCCCCCUGCCUCGCAUCCGGCGCGCUACACUGCGCCCUCCCACGCUCACCACCCUGCCCACCGCCCUACCCUCUCUCUCUGCUCCCAUCACUCUCUCCUUCGCCUUUUCCAAACCCCCUCUUCCCUUCCACCCCCCUCAUUCCUCCCUUUCCCCCUCGCGCCUCAUUGCCACCCUGCGGGCAGAUCCUACUGGCCCUGCACCACUGCCACGCGUCCGGAGUGGUGCAUCGGGACAUCAAGCCCCUCUCGCGCUUACCCCCGAGCCCAUCGCCCCAUCCGCGCCCCUUGCUCCCAUCCCCUCUUCCCUUCACCCUCCAAUCCCCCUUACAGGCAGAUCCUACUAGCCCUACACCACUGCCACGCGUCAGGCGUGGUGCAUCGGGACAUCAAGCCCGAGAACAUCCUGCUCGCCGCCAAGGACGAGGCAGCGGGCAAGCUGCACCUCAAGCUCGCGGACUUCGGGCUGGCAGUGAUGCUGCGAGCGGGGCAGCAAGCGGUGGGCAUGUACGGCAGCGCGGUGUACAUGUCUCCGGAGGUCGUGUGCCGCCGCCCCUAUGGGCCCGCUGUGGACCUCUGGGGGCUGGGCGUCAUCCUCUACACCGCUCUCUCAGGUGCCCCUCUCUUACCCCAGGCCCUCCUGCCACACAACCUCCCUUCUCCGUUCCGCUCUCUCAAAUGCUGCCACUUCUUCCUUCACCCGCCCAUUCCCCCUGCCAUCCGCCCACAACCCACCCCCCGUGGCCGCCCCCCCGCAGGCUACAUGCCGUUUUGGGGCAGCACGGACGAGCAGCUCUUCUUCCGCAUUCUGCGCAACCAGCCCGACUUCUCCAUCGCGCCCUGGCCCUCCGUCGCCCCCGCCGCCAUCGACCUCGUGCGCUGGCUGCUCUCCUCCGACCCCGCCCACCGCCCCUCCGCCGCCGCCGCGCUGCACCACCCCUGGCUCGCCCAGCACUGCGGCCGGGAACCCCUUCCCUCGCCCCGCCCCGCCCCCUCCCCGUGCGUGCCGGUGGGGGCGCCGGGAUGGACGGGCGAGAGCGGUGUGGAGGGCGGCAGAGAGGGGAAGAGAGAGGGGGAGCGCGUGAAAGCAGCAGCAGAGGCGGGUGGGGGUGCAGCUGUGCCGAGGGACUCGGAGGGGGUAGGCAGUGGGAGGGGCGGUGCGGCAGGUGCUGCUGCAGCAGCAGGAGGGAGCAGAGACACGGAGAUGGGCGGUGUGGAGCCGCAGCGCACCUCGUGGGACGGCGCUGCAGGCAGUGAAGCAGCGGCAGUGCGAGGAGAGGAGAGGGGCAGGCAGGAGGGCAAGCAGGAACAGCAAGGAGAAGAGGGUGGGAGGCAAGAGCAAGGGGCCGGGGUGGCGGCGCAUGGCAGCAUGGAUGUGGAUUCACAACAGGGUGCGAGUGCGGUACAGCAGGGCGGGCGGCAGAAGCAGCCCAAGGCGCCGCCGAUCCAGCUGCCUCUCUUCGCGUCCUUCACUGGCCCCGCCUCGCCCCUCUUCUCCUCGCCCACCUCCGCUGCCAAUCGUGCUGGCAGCAGUGGCGGUGGCAGCGGUGUGUUCCUCUUCACUGCACGCCCCACCAGCGGCAGCAACAGCCACGCAGGCUCGGGUGGGAGCAUGUGGGACAGGGAGGGCAGCAAGGCGAAGCGCAAGGAGCAGCAGAGGCAGCAGCCCAACGCCCAGGUCACCCCCCCUGCUGCCCCCUCUUCCUCUGCGCCCAUGGCCUCCAUCACCGUCCCCCUCAUGCGCCGCAACCCCCCUUCCACUUCCGCUGCAUCCCCCGCCGCUGCUACUGACGCUGCUGCUGCUGCCCCCACGGAUACUGCUGCUGCUGUUUCCACUGCGCCUGUUGUGUCCGUCACCAUCCCUGUCAUCCCACCCAAACCCCCUCUCGACCCAACCCAAGAGCUCCCAUCCGUACCUGAGAUCCAGGCGCGGCUAUCCGGGCCUGACGGCUCCAUACCAGUGUCGUCGCUCUUCUCCUUCCUGCGCCCACUCAACCCCAUGGCCGCCAGGAAGUCCUCCUCCUCCCUCUCCCGCGCUGCACACCGCCCCGACUCCGACUCUUCCAUGUCCACGGCGCCGCCCAGCUUCCUCUACAGCCCACGCGAGCCCCUCAAGUCGCCCCACCACCACCACUCCUUCUCUGCCGCCGCCACCAGCAGCAGCAGCGGACUGCUCCCCUCCAGCAGCGCUCCCCGUGCGGCAGCGGCUGCUGCGUCGGAGCCGUCGUUUGGGUUGGGGCGCCUGGCGCGGCCGCUGCAGGGCAUGGCGGCCCUCAUGCGCCCCGCCUCCCCCUCCGCCUCCUCACCCGCACUCGCCCCGUCGCCAUCAGACUCACCGCAGCACAGCAUGGGGCGGGCUUCACACGAUGAGGGCUCCACAAGCACAGGACCACGCACACACCUCACCACCUCCGCCAGUGCACCGAAUGUAACCACCAUGCCUGGUGGCAGUGCUGCUUCUGCGGGGCCUGCAGUGCCGCAGGCGCCUCGCCGGGCCAGAGGGCUCAGCUCCAUAGUGAAGGCCUUUGCCUCGCUCUCCACUGCUGCUCCCCUGGGGAAUGUGGGGUCCGGCCAGCAGCACAGUGGGUGGGCCAUGGGUGGUGGUGGUGGUGGUGGAAGAGAGAGUGCGAGGGGGGGAGAGGAUUCACACAAGGGGCAGCAAGAGAAUGGGGAUUCGUCGAGUGUGAGUCACUCAGAAGCGGUUAGUGAAGCCGAUCCAAUAAUUCCUUUCCGCGCGCUCUCCCGCCACCCCCUCUAUCUUCCCGCGCGCACUCCCGCCACCCCCUCUCUCUUUACGCGCGCACUCCCUUCACCCCCUCUCUCUUCCCGCGCACACUCCCGCCACCCCCUCUCUCUUCCCGUGCGCACUCCCGCCACCCCCUCUCUCUUCCCGUCGCCACUCCGCCACCCCGCGCUCCCAUUGCGCGCAAUGGCGGACCCGAUGGACGUGGACCCCGCGGAAGCAGGCUUGCGGAAGGCGCGGGAUAAGGGGAAGGGGAAGCUGGACGACGGGGGGAAGGGGAAGGGGAAGGCGGAAGACGCGGCGGACGGGUCGCGCGGCGCCGCGGCCGCCUCUGCGAUGCCGUGGGUGGAGAAGUACCGACCCAAGUCGCUUGCUGACGUGGCAGCGCAUAAAGACAUCGUGGAUACAAUCAGCCGCCUAACAGCGUCCAACCGCCUGCCCCACCUCCUGCUGUACGGCCCACCCGGCACGGGCAAGACGUCGACGGUGCUGGCGGUGGCGAGGCAGCUGUACGGGGCGGGGGGCGUUCGGAACAUGUGUCUGGAGCUGAACGCCAGUGACGAGAGGGGCAUUGAUGUGGUGCGGCAGCAGGUGCAGGACUUCGCCUCCACUCAGUCCAUCAGCUUCGGUGCCAAGGCAGCGGUGAAGCUGGUGGUGCUGGACGAGGCGGACGCCAUGACCAAGGACGCGCAGUUCUCCCUGCGCCGCGUGAUAGAGAAGUACACGCGCAGCACGCGCUUUUGUCUCAUCUGCAACCACGUCAGCAAGAUCAUCCCGGCCCUCCAAUCGCGAUGCACGCGCUUCCGCUUCGCCCCGCUCUCCUCUGCUGACGUCACUGCCAGGCUCAGACACGUCAUCCAGGAAGAGGGUCUGGAUGUGACAGAUGGCGCGCUGUCAGCCGUUGUAAGCCUCAGUGCGGGUGACAUGCGCCGCGCCCUCAACAUUUUGCAGUCCACACACAUGUCGUGCCCCACGGUCAUGACAGAGGAGGCGGUUUAUGCCAGCACAGGCAACCCCAUGCCCAAGGACAUUCAGCAGAUGGCGCACUGGCUGCUCAACGAACCGUUCUGCACCACACUGCAACGCAUACUGCGGGUGAAGGAGGUGAAGGGGCUGGCGCUCAUAGACAUCGUGCGCUACCUGCAUGGCUUCAUCCUGACAGUGGACAUGCCAGCAGCAGUGCGCAUCGACCUCUUUGAUGCCAUGGCUGACAUUGAGUACGUUCCCUCUCUCCUCCACAACCCACUGUGCUCUGGGUACCGUCUGACCUUUACCACGAGUGAGAAGGUGCAGCUGGGGAUGGUAACAAGCAUUCCCUCAGCGUAUACCCAUCCCAUACUGAUCUCCUCUGCUCCCUCCCUCCCUCCAACCAGGUACCGUCUGACCUUUGCCACGAGUGAGAAGGUGCAGCUGGGGGCGCUGGUGGGGGCGUUCACGCACGCGCGCACCAAGCUUGUGGAGGGCGCCAAAUAA